UCAGCUAGUGCCGGCAUUUUGUUUAUUGAAAACCAUAAAAUAAACAGUUUACAAGCCAAAAGCAGGACCGAUAGCCAAAUCAGGAUCAUAAUAAAUAAAAAUGACGAAUAACUGGAAUAACUCAGAGAAAAUCGGAGGUAAUGGCGAUUGUCAAUUGCUCGUGGCGAAUAAAAUUCCCAUCGAAGUCUAUCUCGAUGGCUUCGAAGUCCUGGAUUUCCUCAGGACAGCUGGAUUAGUUCAUAGUUACGGAGGAAAAGUAACACCUCCCAAUGAGAGGACCCUUAUCUUAUCGAGACCAGAUCGUCCCCGAGGAAGCCAAUGGCUCAAGUUUGAUAUCAGAUGGCUGUACGACAGUAUCAAAUUCAACAGACGUCAGGACAUUGGAAAAUAUUUAAUCUCACCAGUGAUUCCCAGAAGAAAACCCAGAUCUCAAGUCUUACAGCUUCUCAAUUCAAAUCGACGUGAGCACCACAAGGAGCAGAGCAACGAAACACCGAAGGAGGAUGUACCAGAACAGCACCUGAACAGCUCAGUCCUCGUGGGUUCUCCAUCCUACAGCUUCCUGGGUGAUAAACCCCUGAACUUAUCCCCAGAGGUCCACAAAAAUCAGACACCAACUCUUCAAUCUGUCGAGGUUACUCCUGCACUCGGUAAAAUGAACAACGAUAAAAAAGUCAUGACUUCAUCUUCAAACCUCGAGAACAAUUCUAUGAACAACAGCUGCUGGAGAUUCCCUGGACAUCUGGCUGAUGUAGAGAAGAUACCUGUUGCUGGCCUCGAUAAUAAUUACGUCGGGACCAAAGACUUCUUGAAAUCCUGGAUUCACCAGAGGUCUGAAGUCGAGGGUCAGAAGGACCUGCAGAUCAUGCAGGAAGGGGAAUCCUCAGGGUCAGCUCUGCUGGAGAAAAAAUCGAUGGGAAAUGCGAAGGACAACGAGUCUUUACGAAUAGUGAGAUUCACAUUCGAAGACGAUCAGAAAAUCGUGAAAUACCUCAUCGACAAGAAGGCAAUCCUGAGGAUCCAAGGGCCCAGCAUUUGGUUUGAAAUGGCGUACGAUAAAAUUCUGCCAAAUCGCGACGCCUCCACUCUGAGAUUCCGUUUCGAAGAAAAAUUGCUAGCCCACAUUGAUCAGUACACCGACGACCCAACAGCCCUGAAGCAAUUCAGGGCCUUCAAACCAGGAACCCAGAAUUCAAUGGAUUUGAAUUAGCCGGGGGUACAAGAAGAUAUUAAGAUAUGGGAGCAUGAGUGAUGGAAUUUUUUGAUCUUAUUCAGUUGAAUAUACCU